AUGGGUGCAGCUUUAUCCAAUUCCGGCCUUGCUCUAUCUGCAUUGUGCACAGUGAUAGGUCUUGGAGCUUGGGCAGUGCUUUGGCUGAAGCGGCGAUCAACAGUACUUCCUGAUGUCAGCGUGCCAGAGGCUACCAUGGCUUUCGGGCGAGGGAAAGAGCGCUUCAAGAGAGCUGCAUGUGCAAGAGCCCUCUGCAGCAUCAUCAAUGGCGAGGUGCAAGUCUUGGAAGAGGUUUUGGACGAGUCGCAGGGGAAGCAUCCAGAGUUUGGUGGUGUGCUGCCUGAUGGCCGGGGCCUGCUUUCCGUGACUCUUGAUGAUUUGGCCGCAACUGGGCCUGCCAGUGAAACCGAGGCUUUUGCUGACCUACUGCUGGCGUGCACGGCCUUUGAUGCGGCCUGGGAUGAGACAGAUGAGUGGAACGCGUUGACCAUGAAGGUUGUUAAGCACCUGAAGGAUGAUCUGCAUGCACUGGAUCGGAUUGCAGUCCUGGAACGACAAGCUGCUGGGUCGGUUCUCCAAAAGGCGGCAGUCCUGCGGCAACGUUUGCAUGGAGAUCGAACCAUGAAGCCCGAAAGUCUCGAAGGUUCAGAAUGCUUGGACGUGCCAAUGAUGCUGUCCAUGAACACACGUGUCCAGUGUCCAGUUUGUAUGACUAUGCGCACGGACUUGGUUCGUUGUCCAACCUGCCGCAAUGUUGGCUAUUGCAGUGCCCGACACCUGCAAGCAGACGUAGAUCGGCACCAGUUCUGGUGCAACUAG